UCCCGCCGGAGUAACGGACGCGCUCGAGCUCCGUGUUUAAAACACGACAGAAUACAACAUUUGAAGGCAGAUUUCUGAUUUAUAUCCUUUUAAAACACGUCAGUGUCGCGGUGUUUGUGUUUUUGUCAGACGUUUGAAUGGAGGAGCAGACUGUAAACCAACUUGACAACCUGCUGUUUCAGUUAGGUAUAGAAACUCGAGAACUUGGUCAGAGGAGAGAUGACGUCAAACAACAAAUCCAAUUCUUUGAGUCCAGCAUUCAGGAGAAGAAGGAUUAUAUUAACACCACCCAGAAGACCAUCAGAAAACUCGAUGAAGAGAUUCAGCAGAAACAGGCCGCGGUGAAGUUUAUCAAAGAAAACACUAAAAAUCACCAGCACACUGGAAGUCUUUUACUUCAGUAUGAAAAGACAUUGGAAGCUGAGCUAGAGAAGAGACGGGACAGUUAUAAUCAAGACAUGACGAUAUUCCAGGAGAGAAUUGAGAGCUACAGGAGUGUAUUUCAGCAGCACAAGGACAGAUACUGUAUGAACUCACUGGCUCAGAAACUGCUGCAGGUUCAAGUGAAGAAUGAGGAGAUUGAGAAGAGAAUCAGAGUAACUGAGAGGCAAAUAACAGAGAAAGAGAAAGAGCUGACCGCUGCACUGCAGGGUGUGGAUGACCAAGAGACUCUCUCUAAUGCUGCUGAAUGUAACUGUCAAGAAAAUGAAACCCUACAAACUGACAAUAAUCAGGAAGUGGAUUGUCAUCAAGACCCAGAAAUGCAGACGGCUGCAGAAGAUGGCAGUGAUCCCACAAUGAUUGUGGAAGAGUUUUCUGAAGAGAAACAGAGUAAAACCGCAGGCAGUGAAGACAUGAAUGAAUGUGACACAGAGAUGUUUAACUACAGCUCAUGGCAGAAGACACACAGUGCAGGAGAUCAAAUCAAUGACGGCGAUCAGAAGCGGUCAGAGGAGGUGAAGGAACAGGUGAAGAGUUCCAGUGGCUCUGAGGUCACAGUAGAGACAUUAGAAGAGAGCGAUGGAGGUGACGUAGAGAAGACCAGAGCAGAUAUUCUGGAGGACACAACUAGUGAGGGUGUUAUCUGUCCACCUCCUUCACCUGCUAGAAUGAAGGCUGUGCUGACCACUCCAACCUUCUCAUUAAACAACAGCCCUGUCGGCUCACCCGGACGACCUGACGUCUCAGGAUCAGACUCCCCUGCUUUCGUUUUCUCCUUGAAUUCUGCUCCAAACACCCCGGCGUUCCCUAGACUGGCCUGUGAUUUUGACAUGGGCUCAACAACAGAAGAGGCCUCACCGUUUACCUUUACGAGCUCCUACUUCAGUGACAAGAAGUCACCAGGAUCAGGACCAAAGUUCUCAGGUUUUCUGUUCGAUGAAGGUGAGAAUCAUCAGGAGGAGUUUUCCUUCUCAUUCAGCAGUGAGAGCACACAGCAAAACUCCUCAACACAACAGACUGAAGGACCGGAUGAUUCCUUUCCCUUCACAUUCAGUUUCAGUUAAUUAUAACCUCAUGACUAUAAAUCUCAUUCUGUUAGAAGAAAUCUCUUCAUAUGUCUAUUAGAUCUGAUGAUUUGUUUGUUUUAUGGAUAUACUAAAAACGUAUUCACCGUGUUAGAUAGUUAACAGAGAGGAAUGUGUAUGAUGGUCUGCAUGUUUUUGAGUUACUUAAUCUUUGUGGUACGGUUUUGUUACCACUAAUACAGAAAAUUUUCAAACACAAUUCAAUUCAGUUUUUAAAUAUACAUUUUAUUAUUAUAUGAUUUAUAUAUGUUAAUUUAUCUUAAAUGGCAAUAAAGAGGAUUUCAAAGACA